UGACCGAACUCCGCGGAGGCUACAUAUAUCCAGCCGCACCACCCGCUCUCUUCUCGCUCACGCUCGCGCACCUAUCUCUCCCUCACAGCCUCAUCUCACGCUACUCACAAUGGUCGGCCCCCCCGUUGUCAUGGACUCGCCGUCCUCCGUCACCAUCUCGCGCCCCGAAGAGAAUGUCUGGGUGCUGAGCAUGGAGCGCAAGCCGGACAACCGGCUCAGCAAGGAGAUGCUCGCGCUGCUCGCGAAGCGCCUGGACGAGGUCGAGGCCGAGUGGCGCACCAAGAAUGCCGGCAAGGCCGACAAAGACAAGGUCGGGGGCGCGGUAAUCUUCGACACGCACGUCGCCAAGUUCUGGAGCAACGGCUUCAUCCCCGCGUUCCUCACGCGCCCAGGCUUCAAGGAGCAAUACGUCAACCCCCUCUUGAUCCGCGUGAUGAACUAUCCGCUCGUGACGGUUGCGGCGAUUUCCGGGCACUGCUUCGCUGGCGGCAUGCUGCUCGCGCUCGCGUGUGACUUCCGGAUCAUGGGAUCCAAGUCGGGAUGGAUUAGCAUGAAUGAGCUCCUUAUCGGCCUGCCGCUGCAGACGGGCAGCGGGGCUAUCCUCCGCUCCAAGAUCACGGACGCGAACACGCUGCGCGACGUCAUGCUCGGCAAGCGCUGGACGGCGCUCGAGGCCGCUGACGCCGGCCUCAUCGACGAGGUCGUCGACAACGUGGCUGACCCCGGCGCCGUUACGGGCCGUGCGAUCGAGCUCGCCGAGGAGCACCUUCCCAAGGUCGCGCUCGGGACUUGGGGGAGCAUCAAGAAGGGCCUGUACAACUGGGUUGGGGAGACGCUGCUCACCAACCCCCCCGCGGUGCAUCCCGAGCAGGAGAGCAUUGCGUUCUUCGACCGCUUGGAGCGCGAGAAGGCCAAGUUGUAGACUGUCAGAAGC